GUUCACACCGGGGAGCGUCCAUUCACCUGCUCGGACUGUGGGAAGGGAUUCACUUGCUCUUCUAAACUGAAGGUACAUCAGCGAGUUCACACUGGAGAGAGGCCGUUCGCCUGUUCAGACUGUGGGAAGGGCUUCACUCAGUCAUUCCACCUACAGAGACACCAGCAAGUUCACACUGGGGAGAAGCCAUUCACCUGCUCAGACUGUGGGAAGGGAUUCACUCAGUCACCCGACCUGCUGGUACACCAGCGAAUUCACACUGGAGAGAGGCCAUUCACCUGUUCAGUCUGUGGGAAAAGAUUCAAUCGAGCAUCCCACCUACAGAGGCACCAGCGAGUUCACACUGGGGAGAAGCCAUUCACUUGCUCAGACUGUGGGAAGGGAUUCACUCAAUCUUCCGACCUACUGGUACAUAAGCGAGUUCACACUGGGGAGAAGCCAUUCACCUGCUCAGACUGCAAGAAGGGAUUCACUCGGUCAUCCGACCUACUGGUACAUAAGCGAAUUCACUCUGGGGAGAGACAGUUCACCUGCUCAUUCUGUGAGAAGAGAUUCACUAAGUCAUCCCACCUACUGAGUCACCAGCGAGUUCACACUGGGGAGAAGCCGUUCACCUGCUCAGACUGCGGGAAGGCAUUCACUUGGUCCUCAGACCUACUGGUACACCAGCGAGUUCACACUGGGGAGAGGCCGUUCACCUGUUCAGACUGCGGAAAGGGAUUCACUUGCUCAUCUAAGCUGAAGGUACAUCAGAGAGUUCACACUGGAGAGAGGCCUUUCACCUGCUCAGACUGCGGGAAGAGAUUCACUUGCUCAUUUCAACUGAAGGUACAUCAGCGAGUUCACACUGGAGAGAGGCCAUUCACCUGUUCAGACUGUGGGAAGCGUUUCACUCAGUUAUUCCACCUACAGAGACACCAGCGAGUUCACACUGGGGAGAAACCAUUCACCUGCUCAGACUGUGGGAAGAGAUUCACUCAGUCACCCGACCUGCUGGUACACCAGCGAAUUCACACUGGAGAGAGGCCGUUCACCUGCUCAGACUGUGGGAAGAGAUUCACUCAGUCAUCCCACCAACAGAAACACCAGCGAAUUCACACCAGGGAGAAGCCGUUCACUUGCUCAGACUGUGGGAAGGGAUUCACUCAGUCAUCCAAACUGCUGAUACACAAGUCAGUUCACACUGGAGAGCGGCCAUUCACCUGCUCAGACUGUGGGAAGGGAUUCACUUGCUCAUCUAAGCUGAAAGUACAUCAGAGAAUUCACACUGGGGAGAAGCCAUUCACCUGCUCAGACUGCGGGAAGGGAUUCGCUUGCUCAUCUAAACUGAAGGUACAUCAGCGAGUUCACACCGGAGAGAAGCCGUUCACCUGCUCAGACUGCGGGAAGGGAUUCACACAGUCGUUCCACCUACAGAGACAUCAAUGGUUUCACACCAGGUCGAGGCCAUUCACCUGCUCAGACAUUGGGCAGUGUUUCUCUCAGCCAUCUCCACCAAAUGUGCAUCGUUGA